AUGGAAGUUUUGGCAAAGAGUGACUCGAGACGUCUGUAUUCAUGGUGGUGGGAUAGUCACAAUACCCCCAAAAAUUCCAAAUGGCUUCAAGAGAAUCUUGCAGAUAUGGAUAGUAAUGUGAAGAAAAUGAUCAAGGUUCUUGAGGAGGAUGCAGAUUCAUUCGCCAGGCGAGCAGAGAUGUAUUACCGUAAACGUCCAGAGCUUUUGAAACUGGUGGAAGAGUUCUAUCGUGCGUACCGCGCGUUAGCCGAAAGAUAUAACCAUGCGACCGGUGUGAUCCAUAAGGCUCAUCAGACUAUAGCAGAUGUCUUCCCAAACCAAGUUCCGUUGAUAUUUGGUGAUGAUCAGUCACAUGUUGGUGCUGAUCCACAAACUCCAGCUGACCUGGAUGAGUUGCAAAAUGAUGAUUUGGGGUUAUCUUUAUCUCAUGUCCAUGGCAAAGCGAGAAGGGGAUUGAAUUUUAAUGAUGGGGAUGGAAAAGGAAGAAUUGAUCUCAAGGCUGAAGUUGUGGCUCUGAAAGAUUCACUUUCUAAAAUGGAGGCGGAAAAAGAAGCUAGCUUAGCUCAGGUUGGGAAGAAUUUGGAGAGACUCUUGAAUCUAGAAUCUGAAGUAUCUCGUGCACAAGAGGAAUCAAGGGGGCUUAAUGACAGAGCCGCGAGUGCAGAAGCUGAGAUCCAAACACUCAGAGAAACCAUUGACAAUCUAGAGUCUGAAAAGGAAUCAAGCUUACUUAGGUAUCAGAAAUGCCUGCAGAAGAUAACUGAUUUGGAAGAUGGAAUCUCUGUAAACUCUAGUAAAGUUGAAGCUGAAACUCGCGACUUGCAGCAGAGCCUUGCUAUAGCUGAAACUGACAAGGAAGCUGCUCUUGUUCAAUACAAGGAAUGCUUGAAAACAAUAUCUAACCUAGAAGAGAGACUGAGGAAGGCUGAGGAAGAUGCAACGCUUAUCAAUGAGCGGGCUGAAAAGUCUGGGGUAGAAGUCGAAACCUUGAAGCAAACAGUCUCGAAGAUGAUUGAGGAUAAAGAAGCUUCUGAGCUUCAAUACCAACAGUGUUUGAAUGUAAUUGCGGAUCUGAAACUCAAACUAUACCAUGCGCAAGAAGAAACUCAAAGGCUUAGCAGUGAACUAGAGGAUGAAGUUGCUAAGUUAAAGUUUUCUGAGGAGAAAUGUAUUGUUCUUGAGAGAUCAAAUCAGAAUCUUCACUCUGAGCUUGAUGGUCUGUUGGAGAAACUGGGGAAUCAAAAUGAAAAGCUCACUGAGAAGCAAACGGAGCUGGUCAAACUGUGGAGUAGUGUACAACAAGAGCAUUUGCGUUUCCAGGAAGCUGAGACCGCGUUUCAAACCUUGCAGCAAUUGCAAUCUCAGUCUCAAGAGGAGCUAAAUAAUUUGUCUGUGGAACUUCAAAACAGGUCCCAAAUCAUGAAUGACAUGGAGAUCCGAAACAAUGAGUUGCAGAAAGGUCUCAGUGAGCUCAAUCUCUCUUCGGUUGCAUCAGUGAAAAGUCUGCAAGAAGAUGUCUCAAGUUUAAAGGAAACUAUACAGAAACGUGAAGCAGAAGUUGAAUUAAGAGUGGACCAGAGAAAUGCUCUGCAGCAAGAAAUAUACUGUCUUAAAGAGGAAUUAAGUCAGGUAGAGAAGAAGGACCAGUUGGUUGGGUCAUCAGUCAAAGAAUUACAAGAGGAAAACUCAACCUUGAAAGCAUGCAAUGAGGUAGAAAAAAGCGAAAAGAUGGCUCUUCUAGAGAAGCUGGAAACUCUGGAGAAACUUGUUCAGAAAAACCUUGUCUUGGAAAAAUCUAUAUCAGGUUUGAAUUUUGAGUUGGAAGCAGUCAAAGGAAAGCUGAGUAUGUUGAGGGAAGCUUGUAAAUCACUCUCAGAUGAGAAGUCAGGUCUGAUUUCUGAAAACCAACACACCGCCAUUGAGAACAUCGUCCUUGUUGAGUUUCUUCGACAACUUAACUCAGAAGCAGCUGGUAUUGCAACAGAGAAGAAGAACCUCGAGGGUAAGGCAGAAACUGAGAAUUUGCAGUUGAAGAGAAACCUGCUUUCUGUUAGCUCAGCCAAAGAUCGUUUAGAAGAUGAAAUUGCUAGUAUGAAGGAUCAGUUACGCGAGAAAGAGAAGGACCUUGAAGAAAUCAAAAUGCAGAAAGAAAAGCUAAACCACGAGGUUCUGAAAGAGAGAAGUGAGGCUGAGUUAUGGGAAUCUCAAGCUGCAACGUUCUUCUGUGACAAGCAGAUCUCGUGUGUACAUGAAACAUUGAUUGAAGCAAUGACUCACGAGCUAGCUGAAGCCUGCAAGGAUCUUGAAAGUAGAAGCUCAUCAAAAGACAUGGACAUGGAAAAGCUUAAAAGAAGCCAAGUUCUUGUCUUCUUGAAUGAAAGCAUUAAAUCAUUGGAGGAUUAUGUUUUUGUUCACCCUGAAUCCGAGGAUAAACUUUCAAACGGAGGAGCUGAUUCAAUGGAUGAAUUCACCAGUUUGGAAGAUAUGUGUUUGAGAAUCAAAGCUCUAGCAGAGGCAGUAAUGGAGAAGGAAAGAAUGUUGGUGCUUGAGAACACGAAUGCUUACUCUAUGCUCGAAGCAGCGUUGAAACAAGUGAAAGAGUUGAAAACCGGUGGAGGAAGAAGCAUGAGGAAGCUAGAAGGAGGAAGUGGCGGCAAAACGCGGAAGCCGAGUCACGAAAUCGAGAUGGUGAUGAAAGAUAUUGUGCUUGAUCCAACUUCUGAUGGAUCAUCAUAUGAGAUUACAAGCAAGAAAGGCACUAUGGAGCUUGAGGGUCACGGUUUUGUUGAGCUAAAGCCUGUGAAGACUCGCAGGACAGAAACUGCGGUUAAGGCGAAAGGUAAAUCCUUGUCUGAAGAGUCAUUGGUUGUUGAUAAACUAGAGAUUUUCGACGGAUUCAUGGAUCCGAACGUAGAAGUCAACAAGAGGAAAGUUCUUGAUAGGCUUGAUUCGGAUUUAAAGAAGCUGGAGAAUCUUCAGAUCACUGUAGAAGAUUUGAGAAAGAAAGUCGAAACUGAGGAGAAAGGGAAGAAGAAAGGAGGAGGAGGAGACGAAUAUGAAACGAUCAGAGAACAGCUGGAAGAAGCAGAGGAGGCAAUAGAGAAGCUGUUUAACGUUAAUCGGAAGCUGACGACAAAAGCUGAAACAGAGAAGGAGAGUGAUCGGAGGAGGAGAAUAUCGGAACAUGCGAGAAGAGGAUCAGAGAAGAUUGGGAGGUUACAGUUGGAGAUACAGAGGAUUCAGUUUCUGCUGAUGAAGCUUGAAGGAGAGAAAGAGAAGAGAGUUAGGUCAAAGAUUUCGGAUACCAAAUCGAAAGUUCUUCUUAAGGAUUAUAUCUAUGGUGGUGGAUCGAGAAGCGUAUCGAUGAAGAAGACGACGACGAAGAAACGGGCCGUGUUUUGCGGUUGCGUUCAGCCUCCGCUGUCUCCUUGA